AUGACAACGAGACUACCCAAACUCAUCGCAUUUGAUCUCGACUACACGCUCUGGGAUUUGUGGAUCGACACUCAUGUUACUUCUCCAUUGCGCCGUGACGGUGAUACCGUGAACAGCGUCCGCGAUAGAUAUAAUCAUGAGAUUGCAUUUUACCGCGACGUCCCCGAGAUUCUGCACCGACUGCGUGCCGCCGGCGUGAUCAUUGCAGCGUGCUCGCGUACGGGAGCGCCGCCCCUCGCUCGCCAAGCUCUGUCUUUGCUGUUAGUCCCCCCAAAGGCCGGUGACAAACAUGCAUCUCCAACGCCAGCCAUCAAGUUCUUUGAUCAGCAAGAGAUCUAUCCAGGGUCGAAGGUCGCGCAUUUUAAGAAGUUGCACCAGAAGACAGGUCUGCCCUACUCGGAGAUGCUGUUCUUCGAUGACGAGAGUAGGAACCGCGAGGUCGAGUCACUAGGCGUUACGUUCUGCCUUGUUCCUAGCGGGCUCAGCGAACGGGCGUUCCAGCACGGACUGGAUCUGUGGAGAAAUCGACAUUCGGUAGAGGUCGUAGAAGACGCAGCAGGCACAGCCGAAGAGGAGUAG